CUCCUCUCUUUGCUGCCUAAAGUGGGUGGGUGUAUGUGAAGACUGUUUUCCUGCUGUCCUUCUCUCCUUUUACUUUGUCUUUGUGACUCCUCCUCGCAUGAGAAAGAAUUUGAAACUGCAGUACCUCCUCCAGCAAUCGCACAGAUACGCAGACCAUGUUACUGACCAGGAUAUUCUUGGGCGGGUGUCGAGGAAGAGAGGCCUCAAGGAUAAAGCCACUAGUUAAUGGAUGCCGUCUAUUAUGUAAUGUAAGAGCUACUGCACCUUUAACAAUGGAAGCUCCUCCUCCUCCUCCAGCAGAGAAAAAACCGUUAGUAUCUCCAGUCUCCUCUUUUAAUGAGUGGGAUCCGUUGGAAGAGGUCAUAGUUGGACGAGUUGAAGGGGCUCAUGUUCCUCCGUUUACUGUUGAAGUGAAGGCAAACACUUACGAGAAGUACUGGGACUUUUACACCAAGAACUCUGGGACACCCUUUCCACAGGAACACAUGAGGAAAGCAGCUGCUGAAAUUGAGGAACUGUGCCGUGUACUCGAGGGAGAAGGAGUUAAAGUUAGGAGACCAGACCUUCUUGAUUACAGCCUUCAAUACACCACUCCAGACUUCUCCUCCACUGGUAUGUACUCUGCCAUGCCGAGGGAUAUACUCAUUGUCAUUGGCACUGAGAUCAUAGAGGCCCCGAUGGCCUGGAGGGCUAGGUUCUUUGAGUAUCGGGCCUACCGGUCCUUAAUGAAGGAGUAUUUCCGUGCUGGAGCUAAGUGGACGACAGCUCCUAAGCCAUUGAUGAGUGAUGAGCUGUACGACCAGGAGUACCCUAUGAAGAGCGUACAGGACAGGCACAGGUUAGCAGCUGAGGGAAAGUUUGUGACGACAGAGUUUGAGCCGUGCUUUGAUGCAGCUGACUUCAUAAGAGCUGGGAGGGACAUCUUUGUACAGAGGAGCCAGGUUACCAAUCACAUGGGUAUUGAAUGGAUGAGGCGUCACUUAGGUGAUGAGUACAGGGUCCAUGAGGUAUCGUUCAAGGAUCCUAACCCAAUGCAUAUUGACGCUACCUUCAACAUCAUUGGACCUGGUCUGGUUAUUGCUAAUCCUGAUAGACCUUGCAACCAAAUUGACAUGUUCAGGAAAGCUGGUUGGAAGAUAGUGACAGCUCCUCAGCCAGUAGUGUCUGAUUCAUGGCCGCUGUGGAUGUCAUCAAAAUGGCUCUCAAUGAAUGUCCUCAUGAUUGAUGAGAAGAGAGUAGUGGUUGAAACUGAUGAGAUACCAAUACAGAAGAUGUUUGAGAAACUGGGCAUUAAAUGCAUCAAGGUGUCAAUACGUCAUGCUAACUCUCUUGGUGGUGGGUUCCAUUGCUGGACCACUGACAUUAGAAGAAGAGGGACACUAGAGUCUUACCUCUAACUACCUGAAGACACUAAACUAAAGAACACACACACACACACACUCACAGCUACUAGAGAUAUUAAUAGUACAUUAUAGUAUAGUAUAGUGCUGUAUUAGUCAUAGCUGGACUUUGUGGCUAAUUUUAUAGAAUAGAUUUGCAAUAA